AGUCCGCCCCCUAGGGCGGGAACCUCCGUCGGGGUUGGUCGAUACUGCUGUCGUUUAUAUUGAGUUCGAGGGUCAGAGGGCGCGAAGUUCCAGAUGCUGCUAGGUGUUCAAUGAUCACACGUCUCGGUUCAACAGCAGCAAGGCUUCACCUCAGAUUGUUCCCAAGAUUGAGGACUCCUCUGCUCUCCUUUCUGUUAGUUUUCCAGAGGUACAGCUCCACUAAAACCGGGAAACUGGCUUCUCACGGCUUUGCUUCCAUGGCAGCAAUGUCAUCCUUUCCCCCACAGAGGUAUCAUUACUUCCUAGUGUUGGAUUUUGAGGCCACGUGCGACAAGCCCCAGAUCCACCCUCAGGAGAUAAUUGAAUUCCCCAUCCUGAAGCUGAAUGGCAGGACAAUGGAGAUUGAAUCCACUUUCCACAUGUAUGUGCAGCCAGUGGUGCAUCCUCAGCUCACACCUUUCUGCACUGAGCUGACUGGAAUUAUUCAGGCCAUGGUGGAUGGACAGCCUAGUCUCCAGCAAGUGCUUGAGAGAGUUGAUGAGUGGAUGGCAAAGGAAGGCCUUUUGGAUCCCACGGUCAAGUCUAUUUUUGUUACCUGUGGAGAUUGGGACUUGAAAGUAAUGUUACCUGGACAAUGCCAGUACUUAGGACUUCCAGUUGCUGAUUACUUCAAACAGUGGAUUAAUCUCAAAAAGGCAUACAGCUUUGCCAUGGGGAGCUGGCCAAAGAAUGGGCUGUUAGAUAUGAACAAAGGACUGAAUCUACAGCACAUAGGAAGGCCUCACAGUGGGAUAGAUGAUUGCAAGAACAUUGCCAACAUCAUGAAGACGCUGGCCCACAGAGGGUUCAUCUUCAAGCAGACCUCCAAGCCCUUUUGAUCUCUGGGGCCGGCCGGACAGGGCUGCAUGCGGCCGGCUCCUGCUACAUGGGUGCGAUGGGCUGGAGCAUUCGAAUGACAGAAAGAGGACAGAGGAACGAGCAACCCCACGACUCCGUCAGUUUUGCUGUUCUGCCAGUAGAGGCUGUAUAUAUGGAACUGGAUUCUCUGUGUAGGCCUGAAGUGACUCCCUCUCUAGGGCCAGCUGCCUGCCCGGCCUGGUCCAGCUGCAGCCCCCUAGGGCGCUUGCUCCACAUGGUUAGAGACGUAGAUUGUUUUCCCUUUUGUUGGCUUCUGAUUCCCAUUGGCUCUCUCUCUCUCUCUCUCUCUCUCUCUCUCUCUCUCUCUCUCUCUCUCUCUCUCUCUCUCUCUCUCUCUCUCUCUCUUUCUCACUUUCUCUCUCUCUCUUUCUCUUUCUCUGUGCUCACAAUUGCGCCUGUAGCAAGACCGUGGUGCUAUGUUCUGGGCACUUGCCCUCUUUAUUUUGAGUACGUUAUCUCAAGAGCUGCGGUCAAGCCCCUCUUCUCCUGUGUGAAUCUGUUACUGUGUCUCCUGCGUGUCAGCUAAAUAUUGACUGAGCAGCAUCCAGACAGUCCCCUUUCUGCAGCAGCCUUCUGCUCGUUCCCUUUCUGAUUUCAAUAAACACUAAGCCCCAUCCCUGGUUCCUCCUGUAUGUGAUUAAGGAAGCUCGGCUCUUUCUGUUCAAGGUGAAGUGCCUGUAUUCCAUGCCCACCAAAAGCCACCUAUAUCCCUGGGAUUUCAUUCAGCAGGGGCUAUAUUACAUGCUAGAGCAUCCUGGUUGAUGCUCAUCUGACGUGCAGCACUUCUGGCACCCAGGUCUCUUAUUGGUGCAUCCUCAGAAUGUCAGGGACCCUAUUUAAGUGUGUUUUUUUUGUGCUUGCACAUGACCAUCAUGUAGUAUGCAGUCCAUUGCAGGCAGUGGACAUGCCCAAUAUACUGCUUGUCCAGCCAAGGAGUUGUAUUCCCAGCCUCAGUACACUGUAGCAAUCUGCGCACCGAUUGAAAUCUGUUCUUUUCCCUUUACAAUCUGACUAAUUUCCCUUUUCACAGUGGCUGAAACCAAUGUGUUGCCUGAGAGAUAUGGCCUACUCCAGUUCCCAAUGCCCUGUGUCAGUAUAAAGGGAGGAAGAUCAACCUAUUUUCUUCUUCUCCUAGCUCAGUGUUUUCCUGACAGAAUAUCCUUCCCUGGCCCUUGCUGAAUGGACCCCCAGGGGCAUAGGCUCCAGCUGCCAUCAACUUGGGAGCCACACCAAGAGGGCUCUGCUCAUGCAGCAAUCGGGCUGUGUGAGCCGAUACAGGCACUGGGCCUUCCCAAUAAUAAUGCAUGGUGUGUGGAUGUUCCAGCUGAACCCAACCUGACCUCUUCAUUGGCUCGUUACUCCCAUCCUUGCUGUAAAUGUGCCACAUGAAUAAAGUUUGGGGGAAAGGAA